UGAACGAGAAGAAGAAGAAAGAAGCAAUAGACAGACAAUGCUGGAGGCUUCCACCACUUGUGUACACACAAGGAGCCUAAAAAACUUAAAGUAAAGAAAUUGUAACUCAGCAGCGCAGCAGCCGCCGACAACUAGCUUCACGAAGACAAAUACCGGACCUGAGAACAGAAAGCAAACAGAAGCCAUGCCAAGAAAGAAACAAAUUGUUCGAGGUGGGCCUCCCGUGCCCAGAAUCCGUGAAGAAUCGAGACUGAUGCGCACCCACGAAUCAAUGGUGGAUUACCUGAGUGGGCGCAGUGCUGGAGGCUCUUUCCUGGACGCUCUGGCGCCUGCCUUUUUCAGGUUACAGUUUUCUAUGUGCUUAGAGGAUGAUCUCAUAGAUUCGGAUGACGACGAUGAUUAUUAUUAUGAUGAUGAUGACGACGAUGAUUAUCCACGUUAUGCUACUAACAAACCUUUAGAAGUAGAACAUCCACAAAUAAAACAACUCACUGACGAGGAGGCUAAAGAAUUUAUGGAAGAGGAAAAACGGCGUAAAGAGAGAACUUUAAGGAACAAACGUAAAAAAAAGCGUAAGAAAGAAAAGAAACGGAUUGAAAAGGAGAACGCUCUUAAGGAAAAGUUACCUGAGGAGGAGGAGGAGGACAAGUUGGGCUCCUCAGAGAAUCAGGAACAAACUUGUAUAAUUGAUGAGAAUUCAGAGGAAAACACGCCUCCUGAAUCGGCUGAAUCCCAAACGGCAGCCGAGGAAGCCGGAUCCGUUGAGCUCGCUGACGACACAAGAGAAAAAGAUAUUGUGAAAAUAAAUCCAGCGGAAGACGAGCAACAUAAGGAGUUGAAUUUGAAUAAUUUAAGCGCUGCAUCUACUAAAUUGGGCCCCGAGGAGAAGUGUAUCAAAAAGCCUCGAAAAGAGAAGAAAAAGGAAAAAAGCAAAGCCGCUGAGGUUCAGCAGCCUGAGGAGGAAAACGUCCAUGUUGUUGAGAAGCCUGAAGUUCAGAGGAAAAGUGAACAUGAAACCAAUAAAGAGAAAAUGCGGGAUCCUGUGGAUGAAGAGCUUGCGAAAAGAAGCAUAGAACUUGCCAGUAUGGGGAAUCGUUUGGCUGCGUCUGGACAGUAUGAGAUGGCGGUGUCGUGUUUUACAGACGCCAUUAAAUACAACCCAAAGGAAUUCAAGUUAUUUGGAAAUCGGUCUCUGUGUUAUGAAAGACUUCAGCAUUAUGAAAACGCUCUGAGGGAUGCUGAUCUCGCUCUCUCCAUGGAGCCAAACUGGAUAAAGGGUUUAUUUCGGAAAGGGAAAGCCCUGUGCGGCCUCAAGCGGUAUUAUGAAGCCUCGCUGAUCUACAAGGACGUACUGUCGCUGGAAAGCACGAGUGAUGAAGCUGCAAGGGAGCUGAAACGAGCCCAGACCUUGCAUCUUAUGGAAAUGGGCUUCUCCUGGGCGCAAAGCACCGAGGCCCUGAAAACGCACGCGACCUUAGAGGAAGCGGUGGAAGCUCUGUUUGCCAGCCGCAGCGGCAGAGAUCCUGAAGGGGCUCACGCCAUCGGGGACAGAGCUGACCAACCGCUGGCUCAGGAGGAGGACGACAAGGACGACCAUGGAGAGUGGACCGUCCUACAGACGACCCGUCCUCGAACGCAGCAAGUCAGAGAUCUGGAUUGUUUGGGCCAAAUCAGAUCGCAAUCUCAGUCGCCGACUCCUCGCUCCAGGAGUUCAGGGAAACCGGAACUGUUUUCGGUUUGGGUUGGAACGUUGGGCCCUGCUAUGACUUACCCUAAACUCCACGAGCUCUUCAGCAGGGUCGGGAGGGUGUACAGCAUCAAGAUGCUGCUGGAGCAGCAGUGUGCGUUUGUGAACUACACCCGAAAGGACGAGUGCGAGCAAGCCAUCCAGUGCCUCAACGGAAUGGUGGUGGAAGGGGCUCCUUUAACUGUACGAUAUCCCUUUAAGAACCACACAGGAGAGGCCGAGCCCUUCCGUGCCAGCCCAUAUAAGAAGGAGUGCUUUUUCUGGAGGACGACAGGCUGUACACGGGAUGACUGCACUUACAGACACAUCCCAGAGAACAAGAACAUCGACAGAGACAAGUUCACUAGCAGACUGGGGUUCGGCUCAUUUGCCGGGAAUCAGAAAUGAACAAGAAGUUCAGUGUUUGAUUCAGGGGUUUAUCAGUGGGGAAAAAAAUGCUAAAAGCUGCAGCUGUUAUGUUCGUUGGGGGAUUUAUGUGCUAUUCAUCCCCUCUGCAUGCUUACAAACACAGCUGCAUACCAUUUACUGUACUGAUAACUGAAUGUGCCUUUUUAUAAUUGAAUGGAAAAUGUGCCUCUAGCUUGGACAGUUACCUGGCAGGAAGACCUAAGCUUUGCUUUUGUUAGAAAAUACUUGGAAGAGAUUUCUCCGGUUGAUUUUAAGCCACCACUAGGUGGCGGUGUUAUAUUUUAACCCUUGUAGGGGGUUCGGACCUAUUUGCUUUAAUUUUUAAGGCUGGGUAUCAGAAAAUUAGAAUAUGCAGAAAAACCUCCUGACCGUUUUUCUUUAUUUAUGUUGCUGGGGUGUCUGUUGUGUUUUAAUGUGUGGAACUGUCAAUGGUUUGUUUUACGACCAUUAAAGUGUGCCACUUCUCGGAGUGGUGGAGCGUCUGUUUGAAUCA